AGAUCUCAGGAAUUUAUCAUUUCGCGAAGCAACGGUUCAGCUUCCCAGGGCAUGUCAUUCACGACCUUUGUUGACGGCCGCGAAAUGUCGUUUCACUCGUAUAUCCAUCCUAAAACUUCAAGACUUGCGCAUGGUCAAAGGGUUAGUUCUGACACAGUCCUACCUUUCAAAUUUGCGAGGCUUCAGCUCACAGAGGGUACGAUCUCAUGUUCUCUCUCGUUAUAAUCUGAACUCGGUAUUCUCCAGACGAAGAAUCUUCGCCUGCUCAGCGAAGGCUCGACCUCGAUGCUCUCGGUACGAUUGAAGUCCUCAUUCUUCGCGCGACAGUACUUUCAAGGUCGAGUAUGUCCAAACUUGUGAAAACCGCGGUUGGCGAUAUUGGUCCUAUGCAUGAACGAAGCAAGAAAGCUGGAGUGCACUGUAUCGCGUAUGUUGCUGUAAUCUUUCCUUUCUAUCGUCGUACAUUCACACCAGCAGCUUCGGUGUUGGAAAGAAAAUAGGAGAAAACAGCAGCUCGGUUCGAUGCUCCUAUAUGGAUACGAAAGACAAGCCGUAUUGCAAGUUACGUUUUCGCUACCGAUCAAGAGGUUAGCA